AUGAAUUCAUCCACGUCUUUAGAAGACUACACAAUUACAAGUUGGCCGAAUGCAGUGGCUCUUGUCAUGAUGAUCCUGAACUCCUUCAUUGGCCUCCUAUUCAACUCAUUCAUCAUCUACAGUUUCAUAACGGACCACAAGCAGAAAACGUCUUUCAACUUGAUUUGUGUAUUCCGAUCAAUCAAUAAUAACCUCAUUAUAUUGCUUCUGGCAAUCGUUUAUCUUCCAGCCACCGUACUCGGCUAUUCCAUCUACCCUCCAAUGGUCGAAACUGUCCUCCUAACCACUGCCCUCAAUCUCAAAGUCUACAACGAAUUCCAAAGUAUCUAUCUCUCGAUUAACCGCCUUGUUGCCAUAUAUUUCCCCCUUAGGUAUAACCUAUUUUUUGGGAUCAAAGCAACAUUGGCUUUUCAUAUUCUCUAUUAUCUGGAUCGAGUUCGAAAUCUCACCUUUGAAAAUAUCGAUCGUGGCAAUACCUCAAAAUACAUGCUUUAUUCUGUGAAACACCUGGCCUACGGAGGCAUUCUGGUGACACCCGAUGGAAUGUUCUAUUGGGCUGUUGGCCUCGUCAUUUUCCCAUUUUUUGUGAACGCAUUCACGUUUGCCAGAUUCUAUUAUCUGAAAAAUCAAGCGAGUCAGAAUUCGGAAAAAUUUAAUAACGCCAAGAAGAAUAUGUCAAUGUUCGUUCAAACGGUAAUCCAGGAUUCGUUAUUCUCGGUCAGUGUGAUAUUCACGCUGAAGAUGAAUACUUUGAUCGACCAUCGCUUCUACACAUUCUUCAGUCAGACUUUCUUAUGGCAAAGUAUUCAUGUGAUUGAUGGAAUUAUCAUGAUCCUCUUCAACGAACGUCUCUCUAUAGGCAAAAACAAACGGAUCAGUCCCAAGGAAAACUCGCAGAAAAACACUUCUACAGUGGCCGCUACAGUACCACAUACAGCACCGACCAGCCAUCUUCCAGUAGUACAUUGA